UUGUUAUUUACGGAUGUAAUAUUAUUUUGCACGACGGAAUGCAAUUAAGGUACUUGCCCAUACCAGCAAUGGCGGCUACAUGCCGGAAGUCCAAGACAAAAAAAAAACACUCUCACGGUUGUCACUUACUGACGACAACUAACCCUCGCGAGAAAAAAGUGGACGCACAGCAACAGAUGACGUCAGCGCGCGGCCAUGUUAUGAAGGGAAAAGUUGCUACGAUGACAGAUAACGUCCGCGUAGAAACAAGUUAAUUUACGGCUCCGUGGGAGGCUUCGUGCACCAGGGGCAGACACGCAUGAAGCACCGGCGGCUCCCCGUGUCCGUUAGGCAGGGAUGUGCUACCAACGGCGUGUGUUAGUGCGCGUCAGGUGAUUCCCCGUCCAAGCUGGCGGCUGUUGUGUGCGUCACGUGACGCCGUGCUGGCCCAAUCGCAGAGCGGGGCAGGAGAUUGCCGAGGAGAAGUGCAGCGCUGGAGUCAGUUAGUUCUGCUGUCCGCCUCCCCGAAGAAAGCCAUGAAGGAAGACAAGGAGAACACGAAACCCAAGGAGAAGAAGGGGGAGCAGCUCGGGGCGGAGGAUGGGGACAGACCCGUGAAGGAGAAGAAGGAAGUCAUGAGCAAGGUUGUGAUCCGUCGCUUGCCUCCAAGUCUUACCAAAGAACAGCUGGAAGAGCAUCUUCAGCCUCUACCAGAACACGACUAUUUUGAGUUUUUUGCAAAUGACACCAGCUUAUUUCCUCAUAUGUUCUCAAGGGCAUACAUCAACUUCAAAAGUCCAGAUGACAUUGUGUUAUUCAGAGAUCGCUUUGAUGGCUAUGUGUUCAUUGACCAUAAAGGUCAGGAAUAUACAGCGGUUGUGGAAUUUGCCCCUUUUCAAAAAGUGGCAAAAAAGAAAAGCAAGAAAAAGGAUUCCAAGACUGGGACUAUUGAUGAUGAUCCAGAAUACAAAAAGUUCUUAGAUUCAUACAGCAUGGAUGAAGAGAAGCUCGCCUCCACUCCAGAGACAUUGUUGGAAGAAAUAGAGGCAAGAAACAAAGAAAUGAUAGCUAAGAAGACAACUCCAUUGUUGAGCUUCCUAAAAAAUAGACAGAGAAUAAGAGAUGAAAAGCGUGAAGAGAGAAGGAGGAGAGAACUUGAGCGUAAAAGAAUACGAGAAGAAGAAAGAAGGAAGUGGAAAGAGGAUGAGAGAAGAAAAAGGAAAGAAGCAGAAAAACAGAAAAAAUAUGAAAGGACUCCAGAGAAAGAAACAGAAAGAAUAAAAGAUGAGCCUAAAAUCAAGCUUCUUAGAAAGCCUGAGAAAGAUGAUGAACGAGAGCCAGAAAAGAAGUUUAAACCCAGAAAGCUGGAAAAAGAGAAUGUGAGAGAAGAGCGCAUCUCAACCACCAAGAGAUCCGAUGGAGAAACUGGAGAAGAAAAGCUUAAACGAUGUGAAGAUGACUAUAUGAAAGAUUAUAGAGAUAAGGAUUACAGAGAUAAGGAUUAUGAUUUAGAGCGACGUGCAAGAGAAAAAGAGAGGCAGCGUUAUCAUGAGGAUGAACGGCGUAAACAGAGGGAUCGAUAUGAGAAAGACCGAUACUUUCGAAGACGGGAUGAUGACUUCAGGAAGGACCGGGAAGUAGUAAAGGAGAGAGUGAGAAAGCAGGAGGUUAGUGAAUCUCAGUCUACCACUGAUAAAGUUGAGCGUCCAUCCCGAGAAGAAAAGAAAGAAGAUAUGGCCAAAAGAGAUCGAAUCAGAAACAAGGAUCGCCCUGCAAUGCAAUUAUACCAACCCGGGGCAAGGAGCAGGAGCAGGUUAACACCGUGUGAUGAGAGCCCAGCCAAAUCCGGUGAUCAGACAACUGAGAAGACGCAGGAGAGUGAGACCAGUGAUACCAGAAAAGAAGAGUAAGAAUUUAGAAGAUUUGGAGUGUCCUGCCCGUUGUGACAACCAAAGAAUACAAAUUCUGCAAUCCAGAAGUGCCUUCACAGAGAAGGAAUCAGGAACAGGCAGGAGCAGGGUCCGGAGGAAAGACAUAGAGGUGCCUAUGGGGUGUAGAACGUGCAGAAUUUGGGUCAGAAUCCAUAAUGGCUUCACACAGCAACAUGAAGGCUGGUGGAACGUUUAGUAUAUAGGACUGUAGUGGAAAUGGUGAGAGGAGACCAUGAAAAUUUCAAGUUUACAAUAUCUUGUCUUGUGGCCUUAAUGAAACACGAGUCCUCCGUUCCGGUAUUGGCAGAGGGAAAUGACAGAAGAAUAUUUUUGAAUGUUCCAGCCUAGUAUUACAUGGGCUGUUUCCAUAGAGCUUGCCCUGUAUUUCAGUUUUGCUGUUAAAGUGUUAAUAAAUAUUCUGCUUUUUAUUCCUUUCUUUUUACAUUGGACAUUCUUUAGACGAGAAUGAUCGCUGCUGUAAAAUGCUGUCAAGACUCAGAACAAUGCUGUAAUUUUUGGUUUUCCGAAUUAUUUUCAUACAGAUCUUUAUUACUUGCAAUGAGAGAAGUCUACAUUGGCAUAUUCACAGGCACGCGGCGGCUUAUUUUAUCACGCCUGGAUCAUAUAAAGUAUUAAAUGUAACCUAUGUGAUUUCUUAAUGUUUUUUUUUUUUUCCUAGGAAAAAUAA